UGUGCAUCCUUAAAAUGCAAGUGCUAACAAAUUAAAAAUCAUAAAAAUCUCCAGAGGGAAGGAUUUUUUUUUUUAAGAUGUGGGGUGAAAUAUUAAUUAUUAUUAUUUUUUUUAUAUUGUAAGAAUGUUUAGAGGUUUAAUAUUACUAGGAGCAAUUAAAUUUAGUGACGUGACUGUUAUCUUAAAUAUCAGUCUGGUUGCGGCGGCCAAUAACAUGUUGUAGCUCUUCCUCAUUCAAGCCAAACGUGUAAGCCACUACUGUUUUAAGGCUGGUUUCCUGAAUGUGUCAUCAGUUUCACUGAGCAUCGACCAUCCGCCUGACAAACUGCCAGGCUUAAUAAAAUAACUUCAAGUGAAAUUUCAAACAGGGAAUAUUUUUUUACACACUGCCGGGAUGACAUUACAGUUCAAAGACGCCUUUUGGGGAGUUGACUUCAUCAGCAAUGCCGGGUAUGAGACCAUAGUUCAAAGACUUUGCGAUGGUCGGCGGACAUGCAAAGACGUGGAAGAACUCUUGAAAAUGAGGGCGUCAGCGGAGGAAAGAUAUGGCAAAGAACUGGUCACAAUUGCCCGUAAGGCUGGGGGUCUAUAUGAGAUCAGCACCCUGAGAACAUCUAUUGACGAAAUGAAAAGACAAAUUGAGAACAUUGGAAACCUGCACAUUCAGCUCUCUGGACUACUAAAGGAGGAGAUGAAGAGGAUUGAGCAGUUUAGGGAACGACAGAAAGAACAGAGAAAAAAGUAUGAAGGCAUGAUGGAGAAGGUCCAGAAGGCUAAAGUCUCCCUGUUCAAGAAAACAAUGGAUUCUAAAAGGUCGUAUGAGCAGCGCUGCAGAGAGGCUGAUGAGGCAGAGCAAGCUGCUGAGAGGAUGAGCAGCGCUCCCACAGGCACUCCCAAACAGACUGAGAAGUUGCACAACAAAUCCAAACAGUGCAGAGAAGCUGCAGUAGAAGCUGAGAAACAAUACAUGUUAAACAUUGAACAUCUUGACAAGAUUCGUCAAGAGUGGGAAUCAACUCAUGAGAGCACAUGCGAGGUGUUUCAGCAGCAGGAGGAAGACCGCAUCAAUGUGCUGAGAAAUGCUCUGUGGGUGCACUGCAACCAUUUCUCGAUGCAGUGUGUCAAAGAUGAUGAGUGUUAUGAGGACGUCAGAAAAACAUUGGAAAACUGCGACCUCAUCACUGACAACAACUGCUUUGUGGAGAUGAAAAGCACUGGCUCAAGUCCACCAGCUCCAAUUGAAUACCAGAACUACUAUAAGAGGGACACUGCAGCAGACAGUAAUGGCAGUGCUGGUUUUGUGGGAGGAGUCAUUAAAAGGUUUUCAAAUCUUCUGCAGGGAAACAGCGGCUCCAAAACAAGCAUGAAUGAGACAAGUGUGCAACCGACUGUCGCAGCAACAGAUGGAGUUUACGCCUCCGUUCCUGAAUUUCAGCAGAGCCAGCCGAACCGUGAGGAGUACAUAGCGAUGUAUGACUAUGUGGCCCAGGGGGAGGAUGAGCACUCUUUAUGUACUGGGGAUGUUGUGGUUGUCAUAGAUCAAGGCUUGGACGGCUGGUGGACAGUGGAGAGGAAUGGACAAUCGGGUUUGGUUCCAGGCUCUUACCUUGGCAAACAAUGAGUUUAUUAGACUUUCGUAUGUGGGAUUAUAGGCUACUGCAGCUGUUUUUUUGUGUAAUAUAUAAACACCAUGUCCUUUCAAGUUGCUGUAUAUUGAUGUCAGAUGGUCAUGAUUCUUCAGCAUUCAUUGCCAUCUAAUAUUGAGUAGUGAAUUAUUUAUUAAUAUGACUGAAAAUGGAACUUUUUUUGGGGGGGGGGGGGGGUCGGGGGUCUGUCAAGUUUAGACACCACCGCUAGUGUGAGAUCACCACACCAAGGGCAGACAAGGAACUGACUGUUCUGCCACACAUGGUCAAGGUUAUUCAUGCACACUGGUAUUGAAUGUCACAUUGUAAGUCUAACAUCCCAGUUGUCCAGCUAUUUUUUUCUUUAUUUCUGUUGUUGCACUAUAUAUUUUGCCCAUACUGAACUGAAAAUAUAAACCAUUUACCAAAGUAAUUUUGUUUGUUAUCAAAUUUGUAUAUUCUCACAUCUAAAGGGCAUACUUCAGUCAGAGAUGGUUCAUA